UCCACAAUUUGCACUACACGGCGCGAAAAUAGCACAUGUAACCGUAUAAACACAGAAAAAGGAGUUCGUGCACAGAGGAUUUUCAGGUAUCAGCUCUUAACCCGAGAAGCUGGCCUACAAUGGGUAAGGUGGACCCACAAAAAGAAGAAUGUAAAAAGAAAAUACGGUCCCUUUUACUCUCAGCUCCAUUGGGACUGACUUUGGAUGAACUACGAAAUGACUACGAGGAAUUCUUGGGAGAAGUUUUACCCUCUCGAAAAUUUGGUUAUCAGACCGAUAUGGAAUUUCUUCAGGAUAUUCCUGAUGUUAUCAAAGUUGAGAAAACGAGAGAUGGCCGACUUGCGUUCAAAGCAGCGUACGAUGAAACUACAAAACAUAUUGCUAAAAUGGUGGCUAACCAGAAAGUCGAGAAAAGUAAAUGGGGUGUGGCUAAUCCUAGAAAAGGACGAGGAGGUAGAAGAGGCAACAAUGGAAGACAAAGGAAAUUACACAGUUUUCCAGCAGCCCCAGAUCGUUAUCAUAGGCACGAAACAAAAUCACCUUCAGCUCCACAAUUCCUACUAAUAAAAAUUAAGGAGUUUUUGGCACUCUAUCCAGAUGGUAUUCCCCUAGAUUUCUUCCACAAAGUUUUCAACAAGUGGAUAGGCAUGCAUGUUGAUCUACAGCGCCUGGGUUAUUCAAAUAUAGAGACACUGAUUACUGAUAUCCCAGACAUCGCUCAGAUUCGAGAAUACCAGCAUGGAGAAAAGAGAGUAGUUGGGAUGCAGCCUAGUAGACCUUUGAAAAACAUCAGCAGCAAGCCAUUAAAGUCACCAGAAUCUCUGCAUAGUAACAGUUCCACUUGCAUGGAAGAAAAACAAACUAAUCAUAAUAUUGAUGAAAGUCAGUCAUCUGAAAGCUGGUCAGAAGAACACUCAGAGGACUGCACAAAUGAACCAGAUGAAAUCAGCUUUGAGCUUCAGAAGAAAAUUAGAGAGGUCCUUCUUAGACAACCCAGUGGCCUUUGGGCAAGCAGACUGCCAUUUGCUUAUAAGGCACUUUGGAAGGAAGAUCUGCCCUUUGGAGAACUUGGUUACCUGAGUGUUGUAGACUUUGUGUCAGCCCUGCCAGAUAUCGUACAUGUAGAUAGGCCAAAUCCAAAGGGAGACUGGCUUUUGACUGAUGCAACACAACAAAAGCCGGAACAAGCACCCAUCCAGUCUCAGAAGAAUAACCCUAGAAUGCAAAAUUCACGUUCAGAAAAACAGCAGACCUUUAUGAAGGCUAAGUCCAAAAAUGAAGAAAUUCUGCGAGAGAGUGUAAGUCAGGUCCUACAAGUGAAUCCUGAUGGCAUUCCAGUUCUCCAAUUUCCUGAGGUCUAUAAGGAAAUGACUGGACGAAAACUGGAUCCCAAACAAUUUGGAAUGAAUGAUUUGCAUGACUUGUUUAUAAGUCUCUCAGAUGUCUUGCGCAUUGAAUAUCGAGAGAAAAAUGCAUCUAGAUUGUUCAGCAUUCCUGGAAAGGGGACAAGGCAUUUUCACUACCUGCUGGAUGCCUGGAAGCCACAUGCUCUUGGGGAUGACCUUGAAGAGGCAGCAUCCUAUAAUUCAGAUAUCCCUGAAGAUGCUGUUGGCCCAGGAGUUUGUUACACACCAGUGACUCUCCCCAACCCAAAGAACAGAAGCGAGCAUUUUGAAAUCUAUGUGUCAAACAUUGUUAGCCCUGGCCUUUUCUGGAUCCAGCUCCGAGGCAGCACAACUACUGGGGCUCUAGAAUCCCUAAUGAAUGGUCUUGAAUCCGUGUACGAAGCUAGGGGGGAACUCUACCGGAUGCCAGAGUGUCUAAUGACCUAUGGUCAGGUGUGUGCAACGCUCUUUCCAGAAGACAACAACUGGCACCGUGGUAUCAUUACAGGCGAAAGCAAGUCAGGCAUGAUUGAGAUGUACUUCGUGGACUAUGGAAGCACUUGCUUCGUCCCGAAGAGAAGCAUCCGAUUUCUCGCAAAAAAGUUUUUGAGGUUGCCAACUCAGGCUAUCCAAGCAGAACUGGCAUACACAAAGCCUUUUCAAGAGAAGUGGUCACUUAAAGCAAAAGAACGCUUGUUGGAGCUUUGUCGCUGUAAACCUUUGGUUGCCUUCAUGACCAGCAGAAAAGACCGUGUGUUGUCACUCAUUCUGUGUGACACGUCUGGGCCCACUGACAUCCACAUAAAUGACACACUUGUUAAUGAGAAGUUGGCACUCUUCGAACACGAGGAAGAAGAGGAAGAACCACCUGCUUCGAACAACAGUCCUCAAAGUUCAGAGAGUUGGUUUGAGGCCACUGGAUUGAGCUCCACAAGGCAGUCAUUUGUGCAGCGGUUGGGGUUCGGAAAAGGUUUUAUCUUCCAUAUCAUCAGCAUCAAGAAUACUUUGUACCUGACUUCCGGUGAAGUGUCAUCGCUAUUCUGGGAGGAGGACAUCAUCGGCUCAAUGCUCAUCAAAAACAAGUUCCAUGUAAAAAAGAUGUGCAUCAGAAGGGAUGAAUACCCGGCCCUAUUUGAAGAGCUUGAAAGGGCGCUGCAAGUCGACAUUACACGGCUCCCUCCACUUCCCAAAUCAAGAAAGAGACAACACAGAGGCGGUGUGAAGGAGAGACUCAGGAAAAUGAAACGCAGAUUGAAAGUGUGGAAUGUCAAGGAGUCAACACAGAUGUUGAGUCUCUACUGCCUUGAUGGGCUUCCCCAGAUCCUAGAGAUGUUUGGAGAGGACUUUGCUCCUCUGGAAGAACUGAAGAAUGAAGUAAUCAAGUUUAUCCACAGCAUUGAGCCUAAUGGUAGAGACUGCAGGGGUCAGGAAGAGGCAACAUCACUUCUUAAAACAGCAAAAGAUGUUGGCAUCCAUCAAAUGACAUCAGUAGAUGAGCUAUCCUUGGCCUUAAAUUCCCUGCAAAUUCGAAGCAACUUAAGUGUAUGCAAGAAGCGCAUUUUGAAGGAAAUGAUGUCAGCUUCAGAGUGCUCGCCGCAAGCCAUUCAGGAGCUGGACAGGGUGGAGCAAGUGGUCAAAGACCUCCAGACUCGCCUGACCCACCUGGAAAGCGUGUCUUCACUUGCUGUGGAGUCAGUUACAAAUCAGAACCCAUCAGUAAAUGCCACUGCAAACAGUCUGCUGGAUGCUGCAAAGUCAAAUUUUUCAUUAAACAAGAACACCUUGCUGUCUUCACCUGCUGCCAUCAAGACAAACGUUGUGUCGCCACUCAUUGUGCAACCACCAACAAAUCAUACUGUCAGCAUGCCAGGGCCAGCUUUACAGGGCAUGACAGCAAGUGGAGACAUGACUCUGUCGCAACUUGUUGCCGCCAACAUCCAGAUGGCCACCCUAAUCCAGCAGCAGGAUACUUUCCUGAAGACAAUGCUGCAAGCGAGCAUUAACCCUGCCCUUAGCUCUAUGCCAUCUGGGCACAUGGGUUUACAGUCCCUGGCUUCCUCCACAGCCUUGGGUAUACAGUCUACUUCCUUGGCUGCACAUCAGGUAGUUACCAACCCUCUUUUGCCUCCUGGAGGCUUGUCAUGCCUUCAUCCUGACCAGCCACAUGAUCAGAUCUCUAGUCCUUCCCCACUGCAGCAAAGAGCAGCGUUGAUGCCACAUGUUGGGACAGUGGGUCCAGCUCCUAGCACUCACACACCACCACUUGGGGCCAGUGUGUUCAGCUCAACAUCAAGUGGUCAAUCUACUAACAGUCUCCAGACUGCUCCAUUUGUGACAGCAGUUCAUCCUGUAGUCAGCCCCAGUGUCAACACCUCAGGUGAUGGUAACCAUACAAAUGUUCAGCUAUUGCCAAGCAUGUUACGGCUGCUGCAAACACUUACGCAGCAGAAGUGAGAUCCUGGGCUUGUGAAGUUUUUAAAGAUGGAAUGUUGUGAUGUGAAUACUGACAUUUUUUUUAUAAUUUUGUUGUGAUAAAGGAAACCGUUAAAACAGGUUUUUGUUCAGAAUAAAGAUGAGCUGUGUAUAAUUUUCUUCCAUGCAGCAUUUACAAUAAAAAGACUUGUUUAUACUAAA